GGUUCAUACCUGUUGGCCUUGUCGAACAGAAAAAGACGAUCAAGUUAAAAUGAAAAUAUUGAUUUGUUCUCUUGCUUCGUCUGUGAAGAAUUCUUUUAUUUUUGACACACAGAAGUAUCCUUAAAUCCAUGAAAAGACUUUAAAACGGACAGGUACGAAUGUCAUUUUGGAGACUUCAUGUCAUCUAGGGAAGUUCUAAAUAUAGCGAAUGAAUACAAUUGUGAAAUGCUUGCUGUGAGAAGUAGACAAUAGUUACUUUUAUACCAACACGCUUUAAAUGGAGACGUAAAUGCAGUUGAAGAAACAAAAUAAUUAAGUUUUGGAUUUUUAUUUUUUAUACUAACCGUACUGACCCCAACAAGUUCUCUGUUUCUAAGGACGAAACACAGUAGCAAGAAUAUAUCAAGUAAGGUGAUAACAAAUGAACAUGAAUGUAAUGAAAACGGUACACAUCUGACAGUACCCGUGCAUGAAUGCAAAGAGCAAACAUUAAGUUAUAUGUGAGCAACCAAGCCUGCAACUGUCUGGAGUAUCGGACUCUGUGAUAUGAUAUCGGAAACUAGCUCUUUGCAGAGAUCGGGAAAGGUAGCGGGUGAAGUGUCCAAGGAGAUAGAAGCGGAAAUGAAUGCUAUUAAGGAAGUGGCUGUCGCCAAUAACCGGACAACGGAUGUUGCGGAACCAGAAGACUAUGAUACAGAUCUGGAGGAAGAAAAAUAUCCCAAAUGCUAUCCAGUGUCCAUGGAGGAACGUCCGCGAGUGAUUUAUAUGAAAGCCUGUCAAAAGUUCCAUCUGACGCCAUCAUCGUCAUUUCUUAAGGGAAUGACGUCAGGAUACGUUAAUUUGAAUCACCAGAACUUGGGUUCAGAUGGAGCUAAAGCUGUAGCGCUAGGUCUUGUGCUGUGCGAGUCGGUGUCCGAACUGCACAUGUCGGGUAACAAUAUAGGUCAAAUAGGAACCAAAUAUAUUGUGGACAUGCUCCGAGAAAACGACGGCAUAACAGUCGUGAACUUGGCUGACAAUGAUUUGCAGUCUUAUGGUGCGCAGUUAUUGUGUGAAAUGCUGAACGACAACGACGCUAUUUUGUCUGUUAAUGUCUCAGGGAAUAAUUUUAAACCUACAGAUGCUCAUUUAUUUCACACAAUGAUGUCGUAUUAUAGAUGUACGUUAAAGGAACUCGAUCUUUCACACAAUAACUUUGGAGAAUACGGGGGUAAACUAAUGGGGGAAGCGUUAAGUAACAACGACACGAUAGAAACACUUAACAUAAGCUGGAAUGGAUUCGGUCCCAAUGGAGCUAAGGCCAUCGCUAAAGGUCUUGAGGAAAACACAUGUCUGAAGUCUCUGGACAUAUCAUGGAAUGGAAUGGAGGAUCAUGGAUCGGAACUGAUCGCUACAGCGAUGGCAAUUAAUGAUGUCAUGAUUAAUCUAAAUCUGUCAGCCAAUCGUAUUGGACCAAAGGGACUCGGGCUUAUCUUAAAAGCAAUAUCAAGCAGCAAAUCAAUAAAAUCCUUAGAUGUGAGUCGAAAUCCAAUAACAUUUGAGGGACCGGUUAUUGCUGUCCAAACAAUAUUCGAAUUCCCAGAAUGUGGACUGGAAUCAAUAGAAUUUCGGGACAUGUGUGUUCCGCGUCAGUUUUUACCAAUUCUAACAAAAAUUAACGAAGUCAAGCCACAGUUUCGUGUGAAGCAUGGCGGCUACGUUAACGCCUCCGACAUCCUUCACCACUCGAUGGAACAGAGAAUGGAGUACGUUCUAAAUGACCCUAUGAUGAGGUUACUACAAUACAUCCACGAGCGGAAGCUCCGCCUGGCGGAUCUCUUCUUCCAGUUUGAUACGGACAGGAAUAUGUCCAUCAGUGAAAGUGAAUUUGUGGCUGGUAUUAAGAAGGCUGGAAUUCCGAUGACAGACACCCAGAUUCAAGAACUGGUUGAUAAACUAGAUGCCGAUUCGGACGGCGAAAUUGAUUUUGGUGAACUGAAACUUGGAGAAAAGAAAUACUUGAAAAGAAUAGAGAAACUCGGUGCUGAAAUGCCGUUUGGAUACAAAUCAGGAAAACCAGCUUCCCGCCCAGGUUCUAAAAAAUCCGGUGCGAGAUCCAGGCCCGCUUCAAACACUUCACGUCCGGUGUCGCGCGCAUCUACACUAUCUAAAGACAGACCAAUGUCCAACUCAUCAAAAACAACAGAGCGGCCAAAAACAGUUCCCGAUACAUUACCACUGUCAAGAAUUCUUAAGGAUGCCACUGCCACAGUUGUUGACAAUUUCAUUUUAAACGUGUUAAUACCACAAAUAUGAUUCCAUUUUUUCCAGACCAAAAUCCGACUUGGAUAGAGAUUUACAGAAUUUAACAGACAGUUCACCUGUUGAAUCCGGGGCUGAGGAGAGACACGCCUAGUAUACAACGAAAUAACUGAUACAAUGUGCCAAAUUUUAAUUACAACGAUUGCAUUCAAAUACUUAAUAUACCUAUCAUUGAUUUACCCAUUAAUAAAAUGUACCUCCUGUC